AUGAAUAUCGACUCGUGUUCAGAAUGGCGUAAUAUCGAGCGAUGUCCACCCGUCAUUGAAACUAAUACAUCCGAUAAUACCGAACUAUCACAAGUACAUGUAGUUGGUGACCGGACUGCCUCUGGAACAUUUUUCUGUGCGAAGGAUAUUGCAACUCUAGUCGACGUGUCAAAAUCGUGUAAAGUAUAUAAUACGAUUACCAACGAUAAUCGUGUCAAAAUCCGAAUUAAGGGGACGCUUGCCGUCUACCUCGACACGUUUGGGUUCAUCAUCUACAUCUUGUCCACAAAACGUGGCCAGAGUACUGGGUACGCGAAAUGGGCUAUGGGUCUAGUUGCAGCGUACACAACACAUGACACGGCUAAGAUUAUCGAGUUGUCUGCACCAUCCCUGCAAAUUUCGUUACGUAGAAAUAAUGUGGACUCACCAAUACCCGGUGGUGUUUACCUAAUCUACGCUGGUACAGUCGGAGAAUUGAAGGGGCUAUGUGACACUCUACCACUAGACGUGAAAGACGAUCACCGUAUUUAUAAGUUUGGUCGCAGUGACAAUCUUCAUCGCCGCCUCGGUGAACACGAGCACGGCUUCCCUGGUUCUACUCUGGCGUUCGCCGUCUAUAUCUGUUCGGGUACCAUUGGUGACGCAGAGGCGGCAAUAGCAGACAUUGUUAGCAAGCACUCGGCGACAAGCAAGUUUCCACUUAAGAAACAGAGAGAGGUAUUCUGUGUCCCAGCUACUAUGGCCGACGCGCUUGUCGAUCAACUAUACAAUGAGUGUCGCGCGUUUGGUGCGAAAAGUGUUAGUGUGGACAAGUUGGUUGCCGAGAAGGCGAUGAUCCAGCGGGAUUUAAAGGCUGUUGAAGAUCGGGCGUUGCUAACCGAACAGGCCAAUCAUCAGGUGACUGAGGCAAACCGUUUGACGAUGGAGAGUUUAAACAACGCAAUUGCUAACGCGCGUCGUGCAUAUGACGAGAUGCGCGUGGCAUAUUUUGAACUAGCCAAAAAGUACGACGAUGCUCGUGAUCGUCUUAUGGAUUUUGCACUACUAGCUCCGUCUUCCAAAAAGCACAAGCCAAAUCCCCCACAAUAG